AUGCCAUCCACAAUCGUCAUCCCCCGCGACCUCAUCUCCGCCGCAACCAUCCUCGCUCCCUUCCUCUCCUCCGCUACUGCCGGCUCCAUCCUUACCCUCUCCUACUUCUCAAUCCCCAUCAUCCGCUCCGUCUCGGUGGACCACUCCCCCGCUCGGGCGCUAGACCACGUCAAAGCCCUCUUCUCCUCCGGAUCGCACAUCUACCCCACACUCUCGGUAGUCUGUACCGGCCUGUAUGGCCUCCUCGCCUACUCGUCCCCGGCUGGUACUUCCGCCCGGAGCGGGUACAGCGUGGCUGCUGCGGGGACACUGGGUAUCGCGCCUUUUACGGUGAUGGUGAUGCUGCCGCUGGCGAACCAUGCGCUGUUGGACCUUUACGACAAGAGGGAGAAGAGAGGGGCGGGGGCGGUAGAGAAGGAUAAAGAGGAGCUGGAUGGACUGUUGAGGCGCUUCGAAGGGCUGAAUGCUGUCAGAGCAGGGAUCAUGGGGAUGGGCGCGGUGGGUGGGCUGUGUACGGCUCUGAUACUGUAG